CAGCCCCGCUGAUUUCCGACGUCAGCCUUGGGAGAUAAGAAUCCCUUUGUCAUGAUGAAUCGAAUUGACUUUUGGUCCUGUGUAUAGCUCUUUUACAAACUGAAACGGUUUCCCUAAUUCCGCCAUUGUUCUUAAGCAUCUAAUCUUUGCGGCAAUUCCAAUGUACACAUAAGCAUGGUAGGCCGCCCAGGUCGUUCCAAAGGCUGCCUAACCUGUCGGCGGCGUCAUCUCAAGUGCGAUGAAACCCGUCCGACGUGUAGACGCUGCGAAAAAGCGCAAAUCAACUGCGAUGGCUAUCGCGAAGCCAACUUUAUCGACGAGCGACCGCGCCUGGAGCGCAAAGCAGGUCGUUCGAACUCGCCCGAAUCAUUGCAGGUCAAGCCUGUCGCCAUGUCAAAUUCGCUUUUAAUCGACUCACAGACCUGUCUGACGUAUAUGCUCCUCAACAUGCUCAAAGGCUUCUUGAACUUGGACAAAACAGGCAAAGAUAAGGUAGUGCCAUGGUCUUUGGACAGCUUCGCCCUGCUGCGCGAUAAGCCGCUAGCCACAACAUGUUUGGAAUCGCUGGUCAUAGCAUUCGUUGGCAGACGAAUGGGGCAGCAAUCCAUGUAUAUGCGGGGAACGCAAUUGUACUGCUCUGCUCUGGCGGGCCUGCAUAAGAAGAUUGCCUCUCCGUCCGAAUGCUAUUCCAACGAGACGCUUCUAUGCGUCAACAUGCUCAGCAUUUUUGAGUUUCUCAACCUCACUACCCGAAACGCAUGGCUUAAUCAUGCUAUUGGACUGGGUCGAAUCUUUGAACAGCGCGGAGCAGCCGCACACGCUACUCCCACAGAGCGAGUCAUCUUCGAAAGCAGCCGCUCCACCGUGAUCCUCUCUGCACUUGUGACGCGCAGACGGACAUUUAUGUCUCGACCGGAAUGGAAGACUCUCCCGUGGUCGGAAGACCCCUUGAAAAAAGACCUCGCGCAGCAUCUCAUGGACGUGUACGCCGACAUUCCCGAUCUCGUCGUGGAUCACAACGAGGCACUAUCUUCCUCCGACCCUACAGACUGCUAUGUUCGUCUUUUGGAAAUCCAGAGCCGCACAACCGCUCUUCUCCAGGCCCUAUUCCGAUGGCGCGUGGCAUGGGAAGCACGGAACCCGCGCGCGAGAUACGAAGUGCUCGUUGAUCGUGCAGAGUGUCCAUUUCCGAGUAUAUACUUCUACGAGAAACUCGGCCUAGCCAACGAGAUUGGAUUGUAUAACGCCGUUCUCAUCAUGGCGCUUGAAGUCGCCCAAUCUGUUGACGAGCAGCUCUCUGGUUCGGGUUCGGGUCCAGGUGGUGUAGGCACCGGCACCGGCACCGGCGCCGACCCCGGCGCCAAAUGGAGUCCUACAUCUCUUGAUCCGUUUGUAAACGAUCGACAUAGGCCACAAAACAGCAAGAUUAUUGCUUCUUUUUCUGCUUCUGCUUCUCCUUCUCCACAUCCUUCUUCCUCUUCUUCCCCAUCUUCAUCAUUUCCAUCUCCCUCUCCAUCUCCCUCUUCAUCUGCAUCUGCGUCUGCUACUCCUUCGCCCUCGUCCCCCUCCAAUACUGCAAAUGACACGGAACUACGUACCCUCCCAUCGGCUGAUCUCAAUGAAAUGGCCACGGGCGCCGCCAUCGAGGUCUGUCGUGGCGUGCACUACCAUUUGCUCGAUCACCAGCGCAGCGCGGGCGAACUCUUUUUGCUGUUUCCCCUGCGCAUGGCCUGGAAGGCGCUUGGCAAGAGUACUACCCCCCAGGGCCGGUGGUGCGAGAACAUGCUCCGAUGUAUGGUGACUGGAGAGCCCAUUUCCGCUCCAAUCUCUCAGCCUAGCAGUUCUUCUCAUCCUUCUUCUCAUCCUCCUUGUUCUACUUCUUGUUCUUCUCAUUCUCCUUGUUCUCCUUCUUGUUCUUCGAAUCCUUCUUCUACUACUGCUCAUGCCGACGGCGUUGAGUCUGCUCAUUCUGGUUCUGGUUCUGCAUCCACACUAAACAACCCCACAACCGCCAAACCGCGAGCCAACAAUUCCAUCAACAACGCCGUCAGCAAUACGCAAUUCACGAGAUGGGAGAUCUCGCGCGAGGUCUUGCGGGAAUUCGAGUCGAACACUGCCAUUUGGGAGACUGAUUAAUUUUUUUUUUUUCUAUUUUUUUUUUAACCACCCCUCUAGGUUUACCGUUUAAUAUUAGUACCCAGCAUAUAUCCAUCCAUCUAUAUAAUCCUCUUAAUUGUAUGCAUUCGUCCC